AAGAAGAAGAAGCUGAUGCUUUGAGCAGUUCGAUGUUCAUCAUGAGAGAGCAGAUGGAUGUCAUACAUGUUGGAGAACAGCGGAUGCUGCAGACACAAGUGAAGAUGUGUUCAGUGAAGCUGCUGGACUGCAGGAACCUGAUGAAGAUGAGAGAAGAAAUCAAAGAAGAGGAAGAACACAGUGAUGAAUAUGAUGAUGAUUUUAUUCCUUCAGAGCUGAUGGAUGUGAAAGAGGAACGUCAAGAGUUGAAUGAAGUGGAGGAGAAACAUCAUGAUUUCAGAACUGGAGAAAAAUCUUUGAGUUGCUCUCAUUGUGGAAAAUAUUUCAAAGAUAAAAGAAAUCUUACGAAGCACACAAGGAUUCAUACUGGAGUGAAGCCUUACACAUGCCAUCAGUGUGGAAAGAGUUUCACACGUAAAGAACAUUUUAUUGUGCACUCAAGAAUUCACACUGGAGAGAAGCCUUACACAUGUCAACAGUGUGGAAAAGGUUUCAGAAGUAAAGAUAACCUUAAAAUGCACAUAAGAGUUCACACAAUAAAGAAGCCUUACACGUGCGAUGAAUGUGGAGAAGUUUUCAAACGUAAACAACACAUUAUUCUGCACAUAAGAAUUCAUACAAAGAAGUCUUACAUGUGCCAACUGUGUGAAAAAGGUUUUGCAUGUGAAGAAAGUCUUGAUCUGCACACAAAAAUUCACACUGGAGAGCGGCCUUUCACAUGCUCUCAGUGUGGAAAAUGUUUCAAAGAUAAAAGAAACCUUACGAAGCACACAAGGAUUCAUACUGGAGUGAAGCCUCACACGUGCCAUCAGUGUGGAAAAGGUUUCAUUCGUAAAGAACACCUUAAUCUGCACACAAGAGUCCACACUGGAGAGAAACCUCACACGUGUUAUCAGUGUGGAAAAGGUUUCAUGGAUAAAGGAAGCCUUAAUAAGCACACAAGAGUUCAUACUGGAGAGAAACUUUACACGUGUCACCAGUGUGGAAAGAGUUUCAAACGUAUAGAACGCUUAAAUCUGCACACAAGAUUUCACACGAAGCCUCACACGUGCCAAAAGUGUGGAAAAGAUUUUGUAUAUGCAGCUAGCCUCACACAUCAUUUCUGUAGUCAUUCUGGAGAAAGGCCAUUUAAAUGUGAUCAGUGUGAUAAAAAAUUUGUUGUAGAAUCAGUCUUGAAACAGCAUCUGAAAACGCACUCAAACGAGAAGCCUUACAAUUGUUCUUUUUGUGGAAAGAGUUUUACUCGCCUGUCCUAUUUUAAACAGCACCAGAAAAUACAUUACGGUGCCGGGGUGAAUAAGUGCUCUGAUUGUGGGAAGACCUACACAACAGCCACCCACUUGAAAGAACAUCAGCAAAUUCAUUCUGGAGAAAAACCUUUUAUGUGCUCGUACUGUGGAAAGACUUUCACUCGGUCAGAACAUCUGAAAAAACAUGAGAGGAUUCACACCGGAGAGAAACCAUACAAGUGCUCACACUGUGGAAAGAGUUUCACUCUGUCACAAAACAUGAAAGCUCACGAGAGAAUCCAUACUGGAGAAAAGCCAUACCAUUGCUCUUCAUGUGGAAAAGGUUUCAACCGAUCAGGUCAUCUACAGCAACAUGUCAAACAUAAUUGCCCAACUAGUCACAGUGACCAAGAAUCAUCUUCAGGUCCAACGAUAUCAAGCAAAUAGUUUGAAAUUCAGAUAAACCCAAGGAUGGAAUUUCUCCCAAAAGUGCUGCACCAUUUAAAGGCUCGGGUAUACUUUGUUUUCAGUGGUCCGGAUCACCUUGCACACGGUCGAGCUCAAGCCAUUACAAAUGUGUUUGGUGCAUGUACAUAAGUCUGCUUUGAGAUAUUUUUGUUACAGUCAACAGCAGGUGCAAUGACAAAGAAAAGAGAAAAUCUGGGCUGUACGUGGACCGUCCGCACAGAUUGUACAACCAAAGUAAUUUCGCAUUUAGGCCCCCUUUACACCUGGCAUUAACAUUUUAUAGUGUGUGGAUAUUCUCUAACUGGAUUGCAUUUACACCAAGCAGUGUGCUAGUUGAAGUGAAUGUUUUUUACUCUUGCUUUUUGAUUAUUGUUUCAUUGCAAGCUAUGGUGGCUAAUUGCUAAUGGCCUUUGCAUCAUAUGUGUAUAAGAUGGUCAUCAUUGGAUGUCUAGAGAGUGUCCGGAAUCCAUAUUGGGAAUGAAGCAUAUUCCCACAUGGGCAAGCAGAGGAAGAGCACAUAUACACACAUUGUGCACAAGAGGGCACACGUGAAUACUUGCUUGGAGAGAUGUUUGGACACUUUGAUAAAUAAAAGGCCACCAUGGUUCAAAAUACUAUAAUUGUUGAUUGCUUUGUACCAUCAAAACAUUUGUAUUUUCCUGUUAUAUUUGACAUGUUGGAGAAAAACACCAAAGUUGACCUUCCAUUCUUCCAUUC